UUUCGGGUUCGGUUUUGUUUGUUCUUUCUGGAAAAAAAGGAGUGAAAUAAAUAAAGAAACGAAGGAAGAAAAUGGAGAUCUCGGCGGAGUUGCAAUCAAGUCAGAAUUGUGACGGGCAUCGCGGAGAACGCAUGUCGAAUUUUGUGUGUUGUUGUGUGCUCUAGUUGUGAUUUCUCCUUCUCUGAGAAUUAUCAAAGAAAAAGGAUUAGCCAUGAGGUCGCUACGGAACGUCGCUCAACAGAUUGCCAAAGUUCUUUUCGUCUUUUUAUGUACAUUGUUAUCAGAAGCAUACGCAGCCAAAAUCACCAAAGGUGAUUAUAAGUUAGUGUGCUACUAUGCGAACUGGUCCAUCUACCGACCUGGCGCCGCGAAAUUCACCCCCGAAAACAUCAACCCAUUCCUGUGUACGCAUCUCAUCUACGCAUUUGCCGGCAUGAACAAGAACUACGAACUGAAGCCGUUCGAUUCUUACAAUGACAUUCAGUUGGGUAAUUACCAGAAAUUCAUAAAUCUAAAGACUUACAAUCCAAAGCUUAAAACGAUGAUUGCCAUCGGAGGUUGGAACGAAGGAUCUAAAAGGUUUUCCAAAAUGGUCGAGGAGGCCUCCAGCCGUCAGAGGUUUGUCCGAAGUGCAGUCAGUUUCCUGAGGAAACACGGCUUCGACGGCCUGGACUUGGAUUGGGAGUAUCCAGGAUUUCGUGAUGGCGGACAGGACGACGACAAACAAGGCUAUGCCAAACUUGUCAAGGAACUGAGGGACGCCUUUGAUUCGGAGAACGUGCCUGGAGGAAAGGACAAACUUCUGCUGACCAUGGCAGUGCCGGCUGGACAGCAGUACAUUGACAAGGGUUACGACGUUCCCGCUCUAUCCAAAAAUCUGGAUUUUUUCAACAUGCUGACCUACGACUACCACACCUCUCACGAAGCCAACAUCAACCAUCACGCACCUUUGAGAGAAGAGCCAGGUUUAGAGGAUUGGUCACCAAAUAAGCUGCUGAACAUUGAAUGGACGGUGAAGCAUUACAUCAAGAAAGGAGCCGAUCCGAAGAAACUGGUUGUCGGCAUCCCCACUUACGGUCGCUCCUUCACCAUCUCUGAUCCCGACGAGACAGAAAUAGGAUCUCCUGCAGACGGUCCAGGAGAGCAGGGAGAAGCGACGAGGGAAAAAGGUUAUUUAGCAUAUUAUGAGAUCUGUCAGCUGAUCCAAGAUCAGGAAUGGGAACUGGAAGCCCCGUAUCCAGACCGCAUGGGCCCUUAUGCUUACAAGGAUAAUCAGUGGGUUGGCUUCGAUGACGAAGAAAUCAUCAUAGAAAAGGUGAAAUUUAUUGUUAAAGAAGGACUGGGGGGCGGAAUGGUUUGGACAUUAGAUAACGACGACUUUAGAGGCAAAUGCUACGGCGAACAAAGCCCUCUUAUAAAUACUCUAAAGAAUGCUUUGGAAGAAGGUCCAGCUCUUCUGACACAAACUACAACAACCACUGCUGCUCCAAAACGCACAACUGAACGACCCAGCAGAAGAACAAAGCCUACUUCCAAACCAACUAAAUCUACUGCUGCACCAGUGUUCACAACCCCUGAACCUCCUCAAGCUUUCGAAUGUGAAGAUGAAGGAUUUUUCAACAAUCCAACAGAUUGCAAGAAAUAUUUCUGGUGUUUGGACAGUGGACCUUCAAAUUUAGGAUUGGUAGCUCACUCAUUUACCUGUCCUUCAGGCUUGUAUUUCAACAAAAACAGAGACUCCUGUGAUUAUGCUGCAAAUGUGGUUUGCAGGGUUAAGAAACCAUCAACAACAACGACCACAACACACAAACCUCGACCUCGACCAAGAACCAGAAAAACUACAACCAAAGCAACGACUACAACAACUACUACGACAACGACUACAACAGAAGCACCCAAAGAAAUUCCAAAUAGUUUGGAUGGUCUGAAAAACAUUAAUAUGAAUGGCGAAAGCUUAAUGGAACUGCUUCAAUUGUUGAAACAGUUAGGAGUCAAUCAAAUCGAUGAUAAACUCCAAGAACGAGAAUCAGUAGAAGCUACUUCAACAGUAAAUCCAACGCUUCCUCAAUAUGUAUCGCCUAACAGAAGAAGAAAGCCACAAAGACCAGAAACUACCACCGCUAAAGCAGCCGAUUUGUUCAACCAAUAUGCAAAACCGGACAGAUCUGGCAAAAAUGAUGAUGACGAAGAAGAAGAAAGCAAAAGCGCUGUAGUUGGAUCUCGAGUAACUGUUAGACCUAGAGGUCCUCAGUAUCAUAACUCGGGUUCAGCAGCAGCAGAAGAUGUUGACGAUGUUGAAGAAGAUGGUGACUUUAGUCCAACUUCGCCAUCAGAAGAAAAUUCAAAAGAUGCAUUUGAGUUCCCAUUCGUUUAUCACACACCAAGUAGACGAAGGCCAACAACAGAAGUGGAAGAUGUUUUGGAAGAUUACGAUGAUGAGCCCACCACUACUACUUCAACAGCAAAACCAACUCCAGCAAAUCGCAGGGUUGUAAUCAAAGUAAGACCGGUUCCUGGUGAGGCUAAAAGAAGGAAUCAAUCUGGAACCAGAACGAAUGAUGACAGAGAAAACCGCAGGAAUAAUUAUGUUUUAGCACAAACGAUUGGUGUCCGAAGAGUGGUAAGACCGAAUGUUCUUGAAGAACAAACAACAAAGGAACCUAUAACGGAAAAACCUUCAACAAGGCGAGCAAGACCGGUGACCAGGCCACCACCUGCAACCACAACCAAGGCUCAGAGGUACAGAGGUCCACCAGCACCCAAAGAAUUGAUGGUGCUGCCAACCGGUAGACCAGCAGUACCAGCGACAACCCGAAAGUACACACCAUACAGCGCUGAACCGAGAGAACCAGCUCUGGCCCUCUUACCAGACGGCAGCAUCACAUGUCUCCGAAGAGGCGUCUAUCCCCACCCGAAGGAUUGUGCCAAAUUCCUGGUCUGUGUCCCAGCCGAGCAAAGCGAGGACGAAUACGACGGUUUUAUCCACGACUGCCCGAAGAACACGUUUUUCAUCGACAGCAAGGGCAGGUGUGUGCCAGGUGACAGGAGUUCGUGUUCGGACACGAAAUCAGAAUGAAAACAACGCCAGAUGAUGUUUCUGUGACAAAUGAACUGUUUUUAGUUGUUACAGAUAGUGCCACAAGAAGUGCUACUAAUUACCAACCAUUUGAUGCCAUGAACUUGGACUUUUAUAAAGCGUUGUGGCACUAGAGGAAGCAUGUGUGUCGUUUUUUGUUCGGCACGUUUUCCACCUAUACUUAUCAAUACUAUCUGCAUCAACUGCAGGAAUCACCAAUUUUAAAAAUUAGCAAGUGAAAUGAAAUAGACUCAGAUAGUUUGAGCGAAUAGCGCUUUAAGGAUUGAGGCAAUAGUAUAAUUAUAUUUAGUUUCAAAGUUUUGCAGAAGAGAACAUACACUUUUUUGAAAUGUACUUAUAAAUGUAUGAAAAUGCAAUUAAAAACAGUACAUUUAAUACAUUUUUCUUACAACAUUUAUUUUAGAAGGUAAUUAAAAGAUUUUUUUUAGUUUAGUAGUGUUUAGAUUAAUACCAAUUUUCAUUAGUUUCAAAAAUAAAUAUUCCAAAAUAAAUUAAUAAAUAAAAUUAAGUUAUUAGUUUCAAAUUUCCAAUAUCCACAGUUUUAUUUCCCACAUUUUUUUUACUUUCAAGGGAUAAUCUUUUAAUGGCUAUUUACCAACUGGCAACACCUGUUGAUGAACCAGUUUUCAAAAUAACAAGUAAUAAAUAGUUGAAACUAUAUUAUACAAACACUUUCAAAGCAAUUUUAAAGAGGAAACAGGAUUUUUUCCUCGUGCAUAAUAAUGCUUUGUGCUCUUAGUUACACUGGUGAAUUUAAUAUUUGAUGUAUGAGUAAAUAUGAGUGUAAAAAAUUUCAAAUCUGGUGGCACUGCUUUGGACAUGACAAAGCGAUGUUAUGUAUAUAGUAUUGUUUUUGUUUUCUUGGACCUUAUUUUUUAUACUAAAAUGGUUUCAAUAAAAUAAAUUAUUUCACUUGAAA